GGGGUAGCCGACCCAGUUGGGCAGCUGCAGGCAGCGCUGGGGGCGGGGCUCAUUCGCCUGACGCCGAUGGCGCUGGCGCCGCACACAUACGCAGGCAGCGGAGCUGCCGGCGGCCACGCCGGAAGCGGCGGCGCCACCGGCAGCAAUCGCAUCACGAGCCGCACCGGCACCAAUGCUGAUGGUGUUCUUGUGCCGGCCAGCGGCUAUCUGGAAGUGCACGCGGCUGUGGUGCUGCUGCCGGCGGCGUUUGAGCUGGUGGUGCCGGAGCCGGUGCCGCGGGCGGCGGCGGCGCUGGGCGGGCUGGGGGACGUGCUGGCGCGCUCGGCGGCGGCGGCGGCGCUGGUGGCGGUGGUGGAGAUGCUGGAGGAGGGCCCGGCGGCAGAGGAGGAGGCGGAGCAAGGGGGGGAGGAAGGGGCGGAGGGAGGGGCGGCGGCGGGUGGCGCUGCUGGCGGCAGUGCGGCCGCGGCUUCGGGCCCGGUGGACCAGCAGCAGCAGGGCUCGCAGUGGGAGGGGUCGCAGCAGCACCCGGAGCAGGAGCCCGAGCAGGAGCCGCCCCACGCGUAUGCGGACGUGCGUGAUGAGGUGUUUGACAUCGUGGCGCCGCGGGACUGGGCCGUGACGCACCCCGACCCGCCCGGCCUCAAGUGCCGCCUGUUCCGCUACCAGCAGCGCUGCCUGUCCUGGAUGGUGUGGCGCGAGACGCAGCCGGAGCUGGGGGCGCAGGCGGCGCACCCGCACGAGCCGGGACAGCAGGGACAGCAGGGCGGGGGCGCAGGCGCGGACACAGCAGGGGGCGCUCUCGCGACAGGAGGCGACGCUGCUUCCAUAUCGGCGGUGCCGCCGGAGGCGGCGGCGGCGGCCGCCGCUGCCGCGGCUCACUUGGGCGACUACGCCACCCAGGACUUGUUCUGGCGGCGCGUGCGGCUGCGGUACGGCGGCGGCCUGUCGGCGGCGGCGGCGGCGGCGGCGGGGGGCGGGGCGGCGGUGGCGGCGGGGCUGGGAGAGGGUGAGCUGUGGCUCAACACCUACCCGGGCGGGGGGCUGCGGGCCACGCCGCCGCCGCCGCCGCCACGUCAGAAGGUGGGCAUUCUGGCGGACGAGAUGGGGCUGGGCAAGACUGUGGAGGUCAUUGCGCUCAUGCUGGCACGGCCGGCGCCGCCGCCGGAGGCGCGUGCGCAGGCAGCAGCGGCGGCGGCAGCAGCAGCGGCGGCGGCGGCGGCAGCAGCGGAGCAGCAGGAAGAAGCGGCGGCAGCGGAUACGGGUGGCGCUGGCGUGAAGGAGCAGGGGGAUGGGGAGGAGGACGCGGACGUUGACGGGCGGCGGCGGUCGGGCCGGCAGCGCCGGGCGGUGCGCUUUACCGACAACUACUACGACUGUGUGGAUGAUGAUGAUGACGAGGACUACAAGCCCGGCGGCGGCAGUAGCAGGCACGGCGGCGGGCGCGGCGGCACUCGCCGCGGCUCGGCGCCAGGCAUGGAGGCGGUUGGCAGCGGGUCUGGUGCUGCUGGUGGUGGUGGUGGUGCUGCUGGCGGGGUCGUGCGGCCGCUGGGCCCCUCGCUGAUCGUGGUGCCGGCGACGUUGCUGCAGCAGUGGUCCAACGAGCUGGAGGACCACAGCAGCCUCAAGGUGCACGUGUACGACGGACUGAAGUGGCACCGCGUCCAGGCGCAGGAGCGGGAGAAGCAGGCCAUCAAGGAGGCGAAGCGCAAGGCGCGUGAGGACAAGGCGGCGGAGCAGCAGGCGAAGAGGCAGGAGCGUGCACGGCUGGCGGCAGCUCGGAUCAUGGCGAAACGGGCGGCACGGCGGAAUGCCAGAAGCACCGACGGCGGCAGUACCAAGCGGAGACGCGGAGGUGCCGCUCCUGCAGAUGCGGAUGCUGCGGGGGCGGGUCCGUCGUUGAAUGGGGGCGCGGCGGCCGGCGGCGCGCCGAGGGCCAAGCGCCGGCGGACUGCGCGGCGCGAUCCGGGUUACGAGGGCAUGGAUCUGGAUUCCGAGGAGGAAGAGGAAGAGGAGGUCGAGCUCACGGAGACGGACGCGGAGGAAUUGGAUCCGGAUGCCGUGGAGGGAGGCAGCGGCGCGGGGCCGUCGCAGUCGACGGCGCAGCGGCAGCGCUCGCAGCGGCAGGCGGCCCGGAGGGAGAUGCAGGAGGAGCUGGAAAGGCAUGGGGAGGAUCUCAGGAAAGCAUUGGAGGCGUCGCGGCGGGAAGGGGCCGGCGGCGCCGGUGGCAGUGCGGCGGCGCCAGCGGCCGCAGCGGCUGCGGGAGGGCCAGCAGGGGCCCAGACGCCGGGGGCCGCCGCCGCCGCCGCCCCCGCUACAGGCGGAGCCUACGGCGAUGCCGGCGGCGCGGCAGCCGCCCCUCCCGCCAACGGCACCUCCCAUGCUACAGCCAACGGCGCCGGCCCUACAGCCGCAGCCGCUGCUGUGCAUGUGCCCAGCCGCUAUGAGGUGUUGGCGCGGGAGAUGACUAUGGCGCUGUACGCGGGCACGGCGCGCUGCCCCGCCUCCUGCGACCCGGCGGCGGAGGCGGAGGCGGCGGUGGCGGAGCUGCUGCAGGCGGACGUGGUGCUCACCACCUACCAGGUGCUAAAGGAGGAGGUGCACUACAGCCCCUCCAACCGCGCGCUGCAGGGCCUCAGGCACGGCAAGAAGUACUCUGUGCCCGAGUCGCCGCUGCUGCAGGUGCACUGGUACCGGCUGGUGCUGGACGAGGCGCAGCAGGUGGGCGGCAGCCUCAGCCACGUGGCCGUCAUGGCGGGACGCAUCCAGGCAGAGCACAGGUGGUGUGUGACCGGCACGCCCAUCGGCCGGGGCGGCCUGGAGGAUGUGUUCGGCCUGGUCAAGGUGCUGGGGUACAAGCCCUACGACGACCACCCCGUGUUCAGGCGGCUGGUGUCCGACCCCUACCGCACCGGCUCCGCCGAGGGCCGCUCCCGCCUGGCGGCGCUGCUCAAGCCGAUCAUGUGGCGCAACAGCAAGGCGGUGGCGGCGGCCGACCACCCGCUGCCGCGCCGCGUGCUGCAGGAGGCGCGCCUUUGCUUCUCCGCGGCGGAGGCGUCCUUCUACGAGGUGGUCCUGGGCAAGACCCGCAAGGCCGUGACGGCCAUGGACAGCCACACCGCGGAGCAGCAGCAGCAGCAGGGGCAGCUGGGGCAGCAGCAGCAGCAGCAGCUGGGGCAGCAGCAGGCGGCUACUGGGGUGGAGGUGGUUGACCUGACACAGGACCACACAGCGCACGUGGCGAACGGCCACGGCCACGGCCACGGCGGCCAUAAGCGGAAGACCAAGGACAAGGGCGCGGAGCUGCAGGCGGAGGCGGGCGCGGAGCUGCAUCAGCUGCGGCGGGCGUGUGUGCACGUCAAGCUCACGCGGCACUGGCGGCAGCUGUCCACCGAGCUGGGCUUUGGCGGCGGCGCCGGUGAGGCUCUGCCCACUGCGGAUGUUGUGAUGGUGCGACUGCGGGACCAGGCGCAGCUGGAGUUGCAGAACGCCGAGCGCGACCUGUGCAUGACCCUCAACGCGCUGGCCUGGCGGCUGGAGGCCACACACCGGCGGGUGGCGGCCCUGGCUGCGAAGAAGAGGGCAGCCGAGGCGGCUGCAGGCGGCGGCGGCGGCGGGGGAGGAGCGGCUGGUGCGACGCCGAAGAAGGGCGCGAAGAAGGGAGGGCCGGGGGCGCUGGUGCCGGCUGCAGCAGCGCCGGCAGGGGAUGUGAUGGUGGUGGAAGGGGAGGAGGAGGCGGACGUGGGGGCGCUGGGGUCGCCUGGCGGCGCUACCGGCGGCGCCGGAGCCGGCGGCGAGGUGGUGGUGUCCGCGUUCCGGUACAACCACUCUGGCAAGAGCGCGGCCGACCUGGCCGCUGACGCCCGGCACCUGCUGGCGGACGCAUACCGCACACUGGAUACCAGCUGGCAGGUCGGCGAGAACGGCAUUGAAGCGGCCGCGGCGGCGGAGGCGGAGGCGGGCGAGGGCGGCGACGACGGCGGCGGCUAUGAGGCCGACAUCAAGGCGGCGGGGGCGUCCAUCCGCGCCUGGCGCUUCGUGCAGGCGCACACCUCUCAGCUCCUGGUGGACCUGCUGACACGCCACCCACACGUGCUCGCCCACACCAACGCCGCCGCCUUCGCCACCGGCACCGCCGCCGGCGGAAACGCCGCUGCCAACGGCGGCGCAGCCGCCGCCGCGGACGGCGCCGGCCCCAGCACCGCCGGUGCCGCGGCCACGUCAGCAACGGUCACGGCGGCGGCGGCUCCUUCGGAGCCGGACGCUGCCGCGCUGGCGGCGGCUGCCGCCGCCGCUGCCAGCCGCGCCGCCGACCUGCGGCAGUACGUGUCCAGCCGCGCCGCCGACAUCAGGUCGGGCGCAGACCGCGAGCUGGGCAAGGCGCGGGAGCGGCGGGACAAGGUCAUGACCGCCAUACAGCGGCUGGAGAAGCAGGUUGUGGAGGAGCACGAGACUGCGGUGGGCCGGGGCCUGCCGCCGCAGCUCGUCAGCGAGCCGCGCGCCUGGCUGGCGGAGCUGGGCCAGCGGCUGGAGGCGGCGCGGCAGGCGGAGGCGGCGCGGCGGGCGGAGGAGCAGGCCGCUGCGGGCGCCAACGCCACCCUGUCUCUGAUGGGCAAGGAGGUGCCGGCGCUGCUGGCGGCGGAGGAGGCGGCGGUCAACAAACAGAGGGUGGGGCUGGACGCGGUGGCGGGUCAGCACCUGGUGGCGGCGGCGCUGGCGCGGCUGAGGGCGGCGGAGCGCGGGCUGCGGCAGCGCUACGGCGGCGGCGGCGGCGCCAGCAGCAUCACGCCCGACCCCGCGCUGUGGACGCCCGUGCUCGUGGGCGGCAUCACCCUGAUGGUUCCUCCCGAGGGCUACGUCGACACGGGCAGCAGUGGCGGGGAGGCGGACCCCGCGCGGGCGGCUCGUGCGGGCUGGGCCGCCAGCUACCCGCCCGCGCUGGGGCUGCUGCGGCGGGCGGUGGCGGGGUGCUGCGAGCCGGAGCCGGUGGAGGGCGCGGCGGUGGGCAUUGCACACGCCUGCGACACCAUGACUGUGAUGCUGGUGGAGCGGCACCUGCGGCACCCGCACCGCAUGCUGGACUCGCGCCUGGCGGAGCAGCGCAGGACGGCGGACAGCCACGGCACCAGCAGCCUGCACGGCCUGGGUCUGGGCGUGCUGCUGCCGGCGCUGGAGGCGGUGCGCGGGCGCAUCGAGCUGCUGAGGCAGUGGAGGGAGCACAACGUCGCGGAGCUGCAGGUGGAGCUGGCUGAGCACCACGUGGAGGUGGUGAGUGAGGAGGUGGCGGCGGCGGCGGGCGGCAGGGUGGCGGGCAUGGCGCCGCUGCUGCGUGCCGGCGAGGAGGAGCUGCGGGCCAAGGCCGCGGAGCUCAAGGCCCGCUGCGAGGAGCUCCGCCGCAAUCGCACCUUCUUCAACAACAAGUACCUGGAGGCGACCAGCCUGCGCCGCCACCACACCCACCACCAGACCCACCAUCAGCAGGCCAGCCAGCAGGCGCAGCCGGCCCAGCAGGGCCCAGCAGCACAGCAGCCGCAGGGACUUGGUGCCAACGCACCCGCGGCAGGGCCCAGCUCUGACGCAGCUGCCGCCAAGGCGGCAGCAGCAGCUGUCGCUGCUGGGCCGUCGGGCAGUGCAGCGGGAGCCGCCGCACCGGUGGCGGGGUCGCCGCCGCCUGCGCAGCCGCAGGCGGCGCCGGUGAGCGUCGACGUUGAGGUGGUGGAGGCGGCGGCUGCUCGGCCGCACGAAGAGGGGGACGGCAUGGAGGUUGAGGUGGAGGUGGUCGGCGGCUCUGCAGUGGGGAAACGCAUGGCAGCAGCCACGGCUGCGGCACACGUGGGCGUGGCGUGCCGUACCGGCAUCUUCGCCUGCCUCCACCCCUGGCUGGAGUGGGCCCCCGGCUACGACCCGCGAGUCUGGAACCGCCAGCGGCAGCAGCAGCAGCAGCAGCAGCAGCAGCAGCACUCUCCUGCGGCAGCUGGCGGCGGUGGCCCUGCUACUGCCGGGUCUGCUGGUGCGGACCGCCGUGGUGGGGGCGCUGGUGGGGCGGAUGCGGACAUGGUGGAUCUCACCGGGGCCGAUGUGGAGGCCAUUGUGGUGGAGGAGGACGCCGGGGAGGAGCAGGGGGGCGGCGAGGCCGCAGCAGCCCGGCGGGAGCAGGAGCAGGAGAGGCGCCGGACGGCGGCAGCGGCGGCCGCGGCGGCGGCCGCUAUUGCUCGGGCGGAGGUGGCUGCCAGGGGUUCGGGCCCUGACACGAGCGCUGGAGCGGCAGGCGGCGCCGAUGCGAUGAACGGGGUGGCGGUUGCAGCUAGCACUGUUGCUGCUGCUGCUGGUGUUGGUGCUGACGCAGGCGGCGCUGCUGGCAGCGGCUCUCUGUCACAAGCGGCCGCGCAGCCAGGCCAGUACCCGGAGGGGCAGCAGCGGCAGGGUCAACCGCAGCAGGGCCAGCAGCAGCAGGCGGCGGAGGCGGACGACUCCAACAUGUGCAUCCUGUGCUGCGACCAGUUCGGACACGACGUGCGGAUCUUUCCGUGCGGGCACUGGUUCUGCGGCAACUGCACGGACCAGCUCAUGAGCGCGCCGCCCGACAAGCGGCGCUGCCCCACCUGCCGCUGCGAGGUGCGGGACAAGACAAGCAUCCUGCAGGCGAGCGGCGUGGGCGGCGCGGCGCGGCAGCGGCGGGCGGCUGCAGGCGGCGAGGUGGACCCACCGGAGGGGCCGCACAUCCUCAACGUCAAGGUAGAGGCUGCGGACGAGCUCAUGACUAAGAUCGGCGCGCUGCUGCGGCGGCUGGUGUGGCUGCGCAACCACCGGCCCGCGGAGAAGAGCCUGGUGUUCAGCCAGUGGGCGGACGCGCUCCAGAUUGUGGAGCGGGGCCUGCGCGCCAACGACAUCGGCUGUGUGACGCUGGAGUCGGGUCGCCGCAUGCGCCCCGCCAUGAACGCCUUCCUGCACGACCCCGCCUGCCGCGUGUUCCUACUCAGCCUGAGGCAGGGCGCGGCGGGGCUGACGCUGGUCCGCGCCAACCACGUGUUCCUGCUGGAGCCGGCCCUGGACCCCGCCAUCGAGCAGCAGGCCGUGGCGCGCGUGCACCGCAUCGGCCAGACGCGCGACGUGAGCGUCACGCGGCUGCUGGUGGACGACAGCGUGGAGCGGCACGUCAUGGCCAUGCUCAAGGCCAAGCAGCAGCUGUUCAUGGAAGCGGCGGGCUCAGCAUCCACCAGCACCAGCGGCGGGGCGGCGGCGGCAGGAGCAGGGGCGGCCCGCGGUGCUCUGGUGGCGCCGACGGCGGUGCCGCUGCUGGAAGGCGGUGAGGGCGAGGAGGCGAGCCUGCAGGCGCCGGCGCCGGCAAAGGAGGUGGCGGCGGGUGCAGACCUGCGGUACCUGUUUAGUGCCGUGCUCAAGUAGUUUGAUGCAGCAGGAUUCCCGCGGCGGCAUUGGUAGCGAUGCAAAGAGCUGCAAAGAGUACUAAGGGGAGGUUGCCAGGCCGCCGUGGCAGGUGUGGUGGUAAACGUCUAGGCGUUAUGCAGGCGUUUGAGGUUUGUGAGUGCGCUGUUGUGUGGAAUGGGGCGCAGAGAGCUUCCACGUGCGCUCGCAAGGCCGGGUCAUGAGACCUCAUUGCCCCUCAGGCUGGGCUGUGUAACCGCCGUUGGCUGCUCCGUAAAAAGCAUCUUAGACUCCACAGGUGCCACCCCCCCAGCCUUCUGGUUGGAAAGCUGGUAGGCUGUGGCGGCCGUGUAACGGGCCUUGGUU